AUGUCGAACAAAGGCGAGAGCGUCAUUCUCCCCAGCAAUGCCGUCUUCCUGGUCCACAAGGUCGGCAGCUCUAAACCCGGUCGCGAGAUUCAAUGGGAGACUCGCUCCAAGACGAUGCGCGCAGCUCCCGACCCAACACCCCUGGCAACUGUGACAACAAGCGCAAGUAAAAGCGUCAAGACGAAGAGCGAGGCUGCCGACGGAGCAUCGUGGGAGUUUGUCUCCUACACGCCUCGCAAGGACCAGCAACUAGCAAGGCGACCAAAAGACAAGCGCAGGCGGCGUAAUGAAGGCCCAACCGUCACACCCAAAGGGCGAGCUGUCGUCUCUGUAAAACAGCAGCCGCAGCCGAAGUUGUCGUUGUCUCAGAAUCCAGGCGCCAAUUUUCCAGAUAUACCCGUGACCCUGGUUGGGCAUGCACUGCUUUAUAUAAACUUUUACUUCCACUCAAUAGCCGCUGACGCUUACACCCUUCCAUGCCUGCUUUUCAACCCUGCCAAAAGGGACUGGUUCCCCAGAAUGAUGCAGGACGAAGCCUGGCGGUGCAUCAUCUUAUCUCUAUCCGCCAGCUCGCUUGCUGCAGUGACGGGAUCUUCUUCCAACUAUGUAGAUUCCCACACCCUUCUCGAUGAAGCGCUGCGGCAGCUCAAAGGCCGAGUCGCUUCUGGCGCUCUUCCCUCUGAUCAGACCCUGGGGGCAAUUUCGUGCCUGUCUAUGUGGAGCAAUGAACAAGGCAAUUACGACAAAGCGUGGAUUCACGCCAAAGGUCUCGCAGAACUCGUCAAGUUAAGAGGAGGCUUCUCCAAGAUCAAUGAGGGGAUGAGAUCCAAGUUAUACCGAGGCGUUUUUGAUAUCGCGGUAGAUCUGGACAGACCCCCGCUCAUGGAGGGUCUCUGUGACUCUCCAAGUACUAUCUCUGAAGAUACUCCAAACUCGGAGGAAUCUGAAACCUCUCUAUCUGAAUGCCGGAUUCCAUCGAGUCUAUUUAGCAUAUUUCAGGACGUCUUACAAGUCAGCACCACUAUUGAAGAUGCAAUGACUCGAAACAUCAAACUGGACACGACUUAUCUGUAUGAGACCGUCUUUGGGCUCUACAACCGCCUGCUCAACUGUCAAUCCGAUGCAAUGCCCAGUUGCGACGACAGCCUGCGAAUCUGCCUCAUCACCUACAUCAAAUCCAUCGUAUCAACAGAUCGCCUAAACGUGACAUCGAUGAAUUUAGUUCGAAAGCUUCAAGCUUCCAUCCAAGGCUGCCUACACUCUUCAGCACCGCUGACAAGAUGGAAACUGUUCAUUGGCGGUCUAGCUGCUACAGAUGGAACUGCUGAACAGCAAUGGUUCCUCCAACAUCUGGCGACUGCCACGUCAGAGAACAAUAUGUCUGGCCAGGAGGGCUGGAAGUCAUUACAGGCGGAGCUGAGCGAUAUCUUGUGGGUUAAGCCAAUCCAUGAGACCGCCGGGUAUAAACUAUGGCUGCAGAUUGAGGAAACUCGUUCUACUUGA